GCGUCAUCCCACCAGCUUGGUGCGAUUUCUCGUGGGCUGUACCAAGUCCCAAGCUGUGAAUCAACGCAUUAUUUGCCUCAUUCCACGGUUUCCAGCAGCCGAUGCUCCUCGAGCAAACUCAGUUGGUGUUGUCCAGCCACAGUACAUGUGCGCAAUACUGAAUCAAGGCAACGAACCCAACUCAACUUCUUCCUGAUACGCGUACGACCAACUGCACGAGUGGGCCGUAUAUACCUUGACCAAGCUAUUUUUCUCGCAGUUCAUGCCAUUUAAAACUAUCGUUCCUCGUCUUCGACAUUGACUUUCGGCGCUGCGAUUCUAUCCAAAAACCUUGAAUAAAUCUUUCUAAACGUAAUCUACACAAUCAAUUCUCAACCGUCGACCAUGGACGAACAUCCGGCUUCACUCAGACCUGGCCAAGGCCACAAGCCAACAUCCACCCAGGAAGACGUUUCCGCCAAGGAAGACGUUUCCGCCAACGCAGAUGUUCCCCUUUCACUUAGACCUGGACAAGGCCAUAUGCCACCGCCUGCCAGCGCAAAUGCGCCCCAAGCUGGUGCGCAGGGCCAAGACUCGAGCUAUUAUGACGAGAGUGCCAAUGCCCAUCCCUCCGAGCUUCCUGGCCACGAGCCAGAACAGUCGCAACAACAGCAAGCUCCAACCCAAGGCCCUACAUACACAAACCAGGAGCCUCAAUAUCAGCCGCAGAGCAAUCCACCAUCUGCGCACCCAGCCCAUCAGCAUCAAGUGUCAAGCUACCCGCCCUCAGCCGACCCGGGAAAGCAGUACGAGCCCGAGGACGAUCCGUCGGCGUAUCCUAAACCUCUAUACCACCGGGCUCACAGCAACCCGUCAUCAGCGCACCCAAAUCACCAAUCUGGGCAAGCUGGAAACCUUCCAGGGUCUGCACACCCAGAAAAUCAAGCCGCGAGCAUUUUGGGGUCUGCAGAACCAGAGCCUCAGACCCUGGGCAGUCCAAAAUCUGCGCAUGCCGCCGAGCACACGGUGCAAGCUGACGACAAUCCACCUGAUUACCAUGAAGAUCAGCAUGGAGUUGAGUAUAACCCAUUAUCUGUACAGGACGAAAAAAACCAGCAGACACCGGGCUAUUUCCCUCCUCCGCCUCCGGGACCUCCGCCAUCGGACCAGAAGCACGCCGAGCAGUUUUAUCCUCCCCCACCUCCCGGCCCGCCACCAAAUCAAAGCCAGGCGCACCCCAAUCCGCUCAAGUCGCAUCCGUAUGAAGACGCAAGCACAGAUGCGCCUCCGCCGGGCUACUCCCCGCCACCGCCAGGUUUUCACGUCCCAAGUGACGCGAAACCCCCAGCUUUGCCUCCUCGACGGAGCCCGAGUCAAGGGCAGUCAUCGGCCUAUGUCCCUGCGCCUGCCCCUGGUCCAGGGAGUCACAGCGCUGUACCACCCACUGAUCAUCAGGCACAAGCGAGCGGAAGCCAUGUUCCUGCUGCUGCCGCUGCCGGUGUUGGACUUGGAGCCGGAACUGGGGCUGGAGCCGGAGCGCCUUCGGCUGGAGCCGAUGGCAAGACUAAGAAAGGUUUCGGCGAGCGACUUUACCAAUGGGGCGUCAAGGCCGGCGUGCCUAUCAACAAGGUGACCAACAAGCUUGGCUCAGAGGCAUUUUGGCCGACGACUAUGGACAAGGAGUGCGAUAAGGGCGCACGAAUUCUGAAAUCCUUCUGCAAGGAUGGCUUCUACACCUCGAACUUGAACUACCCGCCUCCAUCUCCCGGCCAUCCAACAACCCCUGGCCCUAGCACAAAGGGCAAAGCGCUGGUCAAGAUACCCCCCAAGGCUGUGCAGCAAGCCAAAGGCAUAGCCAUCUUUACCACUUUGCGCACCGGUCUGCACAUCUCAGGCGCCGGCGGCUCCGGCAUCGUCGUCGCCCGUCUCCCAGACGGCUCAUGGUCGCCACCCUCAGGCUUCUUAGUACACACCCUGGGCGCAGGCUUCAUGGUCGGUCUGGAUAUCUACGAUUGCGUCUGCGUGCUCAACACCGAAGCGGCGGUCCAGGCCUUCAUCAAGCCGCGCCUCAGCCUUGGUGGCGAGGUAGCUGUCGUCGCGGGUCCCAUCGGAGCAGGCGCUAGUCUGGAAGGUGCGCUCAAGGGCGGGAAACCCGUUUGGAGCUACAUGAAGAGCCGGGGGUUUUACGCCGGCGUCCAGGCGGACGGGACGAUUAUCAUAGAGCGGCCCGGCGCGAAUGCGGAUUUCUACGGGGAGAAGGUUUCGGUGGAGCAGAUUUUGAAAGGGAAGGUGAAGGAUUCGGGUCCACUGGCCACGGGUAAGGAUGGGGUGGUGAUGUGGCCCACGGGCGCAAAACAGUUGAUGGAGGUUUUGCGGGCGGCGGAGGGGAAGAGUGCGGAUGAGACGGUGCUGGGCCAGGUGGCAGGGCCAACGCCGGGGGAUUUGGCGGGCACAGAGGGCGUGCACAAGGAGAAGGAUGAAGAAAUGCAAGGUGGGGUCAAGUUUGCCUAGUUUGUUCUUUAUCGGAUGACCUGGAAGCAUGGAUGGUACGGGGUCUCUUUUGCUGACGUCGAGUGGUUGGUGGACGGGUGGGUAAUACUAGGAUAAUCGCGCCGUGAUGAGUAAGUAGGCAUGAGAAGCGAGUAAAGCACCUACUGAAUACUUGGUCUUGAAAUCAAUUUCAGGCUUAAUUGCAACUGUUCCCAACCCAGCGAAUUUAUGCGCGAUAUUCUGCACUCAGAAACACGACAUACUGCUACAAGUAUUCGUCUGACCCAAUAACAGGAGACAAUCAACGUAUCGCUUAAAUGUGGAACUAAAAGACUCGGGACGUGUGAAAUCAGCGUUUGUAUCCUCUAACACA